GGGGAACUGGCUUCUUCUGGUUUCACGGCACACAUAAAUACAAAGCGGAGCCGGAGACAAGAGGAAAACACAAAGGAAACGGGAGCCGUACGGACGCUUUAUGCUGAAGACGAUCGGAGUCAGGUCCCCUAAGGAAAGAGCUUUGAAGGCAUGCAAAGUUGUGAAAUAUCUUCAGACAGCACUGAUGAUCCUCUUAGUAGCGGCCUACGCACGCAUCGGCAGCCUCGAAUAGUUGUCAUCGGCGCGGGCUUGGCCGGCCUAGCUGCUGCAAAGUCCCUCCUGGAGAACGGCUUCACGGAUGUGACUGUGCUCGAGGCGUCGGAUCGAAUCGGAGGGAGAGUGCAAAGCGUUCAGCACGGACAAGCGACUUUGGAACUCGGCGCAACUUGGAUCCACGGUGCCCAUGGCAACCCGGUGUUCCACUUGGCGGAGGACAAUGGUCUACUGGAGCACACCACGGACGGGGAACGCAGCGUGGGCCGCAUCAGCCUCUACACCAAGAACGGCGUGGCCCACUACCAGACCAACAGCGGCAAGCGCAUCCCCAAGGACCUGGUGGAGGAGUUCAGCGACCUGUACAAUGAGGUGUACGAGCUGACUCAGGAGUUCUUCAAGAACGGGAAGCCCGUUGGAGCGGAAAGCCAGAACAGCGUGGGCAUCUUCACCCGAGAUGUGGUCCGCAAGAAGAUCAUGCUGGACCCGGACGACUCGGAGAGCACCAAGAGGCUCAAGCUGUCCAUGCUGCAGCAGUACCUCAAGGUGGAGAGCUGCGAGAGCAGCUCGCCCAGCAUGGACGAGGUGUCCCUGAGCGAAUUCGGGGAGUGGACGGAGAUCCCCGGGGCGCACCACGUCAUCCCGGGGGGGUUCAUCAAGGUGGUGGAGCUGCUGGCGCGGGCCAUCCCCGCCCGGGUUGUGCGGCUCGGCCGGCCCGUCCGCCGCGUCCACUGGAACCGCUCGGCCCGGCAGGGCGAGACGCCCGACGCCGGCGACCACAACGAGGACCGGCGGGCGGCACCGCCGGGGCACCCAGUCCGCGUGGAGUGCGAGGACGGCGAGCUGGUCCCCGCCGACCACGUCAUCGUCACCGCCUCGCUGGGUGUGCUGAAAAAGAGCCACGAGAGCCUGUUCUCGCCCGGCCUGCCCGAGGACAAGGUGCUGGCCAUCGAGAAGCUGGGCAUCAGCACCACCGACAAGAUCUUCCUGGAGUUCGCCGAGCCCUUCUGGAGCCCCGAGUGCAACAGCAUCCAGUUCGUGUGGGAGGACGAGGCGCAGCUGGAGCAGCUGGCGUACCCCGAGGAGCUGUGGUACCGCAAGAUCUGCAGCUUCGACGUGCUCUACCCGCCCGAGCGCUACGGCUACAUGCUGAGCGGCUGGAUCUGCGGCCAGGAGGCCCUGCUCAUGGAACGCUGUGAUGACGAGACGGUGGCCGAGACCUGCACCGAACUACUGCGCAAGUUCACAGGGAACCCCAACAUUCCGAAACCUCGCAGGAUCCUCCGCUCCUCAUGGGGCAGUAACCCCUACAUCCGGGGCUCCUACUCCUUCACCCGCGUGGGGUCCAGCGGGGGCGACGUGGAGCGGCUGGCUACACCCCUGCCUUACGCUGAGAGCACCAAGGCCCCGCCUCUACAGGUGCUGUUUGCUGGAGAAGCCACCCACAGAAAAUAUUACUCCACUACCCAUGGUGCUUUACUGUCAGGCCAGAGAGAGGCCAAUCGCCUGAUAGAGCUGUACCAGGACUUGUACAAUGCAGAAGCCACGAAGCCUAACAUGUAAAAUGAACCACUGACUAGUGAAUACAUUUCUGUGUAUCAUGCUUUCUGUUUUUUUUUUUUUGAAUAUAUUACCGUAGAGGGGCAUUAAAACAUAAUGAUGAAUACAUAUUGUUUUUACUGUAUUUUAGACCUAGAGCUCUGUAACUUUUCCUUUGAGAUGUACUGUAAGAGGGUGCAGAGGGUGCUGUCAUCUCUGGUCCUUAUUAUUCUCAGAUUAUUUUUUUAAUUGAUAAAUUAAUAUGUUCCUGUUCCUUACACUUCUAUAAUUUAAUUUGUUUUG